AAAAAAUGUUUUCCUGACAAAUCUUUUUCAUGUUGAUAGCUUGAUGAUAUAAAAAUCGAAAAACUUUGAAAAAUAUCACCAGUAGAAAGUUUGUUUUUAGCCUUUGCACAGACGUAGCCUGUAAGAGAGUAUAACUUGGCUUACUUAACUUGCUAAGUAAUUAAAACUAAAAUUUCUACAACACAAGUUUGUUUAACACACCUGUUUAAUCGAGUAGAACUCGUCUGACCUUUAUUGCAUGGGAAAAUUCCUUCACCAAUUCUUCAAGAUCUAGGAGCUGAGCUAUUUUAUGUUCAUUAAACCACUCAAACCGCUCAGGAACCCAUGUUCCUGGAACAUUGUUGAUCUUAGAAAAGUCUUCAUUAGCUCGAGUUCGGAAAAGCUUCUUAUACAAUUUUACUAUUCACAUUAUUAUGAAUUCAUCAUUAUCUGUAUUUUGAAAUUUUCCGUUCCUAAAAAUUUGCCGCCCUCAAAACCUGCCGCCCUGGGCGGCCGCCCGGUCCACCCACACCUGGGGCCGGCCCUGCUCCAGGGUCUAACGUGAUCUCUAAACUCCAGGGCCUAUUUGGGUCCUCGACUACGUUAAUGCUCUGACUCGGAAAGCCAAUUUUCUGACUUCAGAGUUUAAAGUCGGUUAAAGUCUAGAACCUAGCUAAAUCCCGAGCUCGGAAACCGGCCCUUAGAAAUAAGUUUUCUAAUAGGCUACGAAGUUUUCAGACAACAAAAUCAUAAGAUGAAGCAAGAAGCUAGGUUUUAUGUUGAUAAUUCAAGUAAUAUAUCGAGAUUCGACAAGAUAUCAAUAAUUGUAGCACCUAGAUAAUGAUCAGGGCUACGGAUAUCAAUGUUAAACAUCGUUUUCGAAUAACAGAUAUCGGAGAUAAAAUGAUUUGAAUCUUUUUCCGCGACAUGGGUCAAUGUCACCCCGGUCGACGGUAUUUUACAAAGGCGACUUUCUAGACGUAUUUUAAGCCUAGGUGAUGAAAAAUGAUACAAUGCAAGUAGAGUCAUAAUAAAUUAGGUUAUGUAGAGUUCUUUUUUAUUAUUGUAUUAACUUAAUGGUAAGUUAAUAGGAAAAAUAUCAAAUAAAAUAAUAAUUGAUAUGGAUUCACAAACAAAAAAUUGCUUUUAGUGCAUCCAAUAAAACACAGAAAGCGAGAUAGGCUAAGGGGCUAAGCUAUCUGUGAUUAUAGGAAAACAGCUAUGGUAUAGGAAACUUUAUUUUCUAUAUGAAAACAUAACAAAUCAAUUAUGGGUGCCUCAGUACCUAGGUUUACUUAUUGCAAAUGUUAAUUAAUUUAGUUAGAUUAUUGGAACACAUCAACUCAUAUAGACCUGGCAUUACUGGUGAUUUCUGAAGAAGUUGAAUCAUAAAGAAGUAAAUUAACCAUUCACAAAACUUGAGUAUAAUCUAGUUUUAAUAGGUUGAUAUUAAAAGAAAACUCACUUGGUAGGUUUUUGAUAUUUAUUAGCUUCAUUAACUUGAGCCAUUUGUUCACCACAGAAAACUCAAAAUAUAAGGUACAAUAUAGGCUGCAACUGCAGCCUGCAGUAGUAAGGAUGAUAAGCAGGAAAGCAAGUGCUAUUGUUAUCUGAAAAAAGUUACCAAUUAGGCCUAGCAUGAAUUGAAUGAAUAUAGGCUAAGUGAAUUAUUAUCAGAAUAAAACUAAAUAGCCAAAACAGGUUAAAUCGAUAAAAUAUGGUAUGCUACUCUAGUUUUAAGUUUGCUGUUUUUGAAAACAUUUAAAAUAUAAAGUUGAUCUUCUUUUUGUAUUAAAUUAGGUGAUACCCAUGAUUAUAAAAUAGAGUGAUAAAAAAUGUUGAUCAUCCAAUCUCACUGAUUCACAGUGAAACUUGCUUAUUGUUUAACUCUAAAUUUAUAAGGAAAUACUGUACCUAUGUAACUAAGUUAAUGACCAACAACUUUGAAAAUAAACAUUAAUUGUUAUCAUAAAUAAAUAGCAACAUAAACUGUCAUAAUAUUUCAAUAGAAAAAUUUAAAUUAACCUAAAUAAUGAAAUAAUUACAAACAUGAGAGUCAGUUUCUUUCUUGUUCUAAUAAAGAUUUGUUUUCAUUUACUAGGUACAUUAUUGCUACUUCAUUUCAUAACUAAUAUCAUAACCAACAGUAAAACACGAAUUAAAAUUAUAUUGGUUUAUGAAAUAAUAGUCAUGUACAUAUAUGUAUGCAAGUUUUCAAAACUCUGUUUCAAACAAAACUGACGACUGUUGUUGAAUUUAUUUUAGGUUAACUAUAGAACCCUUCAUUUGUUUUGCGAUAUAUUUGUUUCAUCCCACAUCUACACAGUCUCGCUAAUAACGAUCGAUAUUGUGAGAUACAUUUCCAAUCACACCAGCUGACAAGAUAUAUUGAGUUCCGCCGGCCUGCACGAUAUUCCGAGCUCCGCCUGUCAACAUAUUCGGAGUUUCAUAUAUCUCCAAUUCCGGUUAGCUGAAGGAUAUUUUGAGUUCCAGAUAUUCCCAAUUUAUGCAACUCGUUAAAUCUACUUAUAGCAGAGCUAUAUCUAGCAGAGCUGUAUGUAGCUGACAGAGCUAUAAAUGUAGCUCAAAUUUUAUAUAGCUCUGCUAUAUAAGAGCUAUAUAUAGAAAUCUGCUAUAUAUAGCAGAGCUAUAGCUCUCCAGGUACAUAGUGUAAACGUAGCAUAACCGGCUAUUGUUUCUUACCGGCUCCUCUUCACUGUGUGUAAACGUAGCUUCACGUUGCAACUGGGGAAGCAACUGAGCAUUCCUGCCUAGAAGCGUGAGCGGUCGCUCGCCCCAACCAAUCACCUAAGCAUUCACUAUUUUGUAACAUAACAUGCGAGUGCAUGUCAGUUUCAAGAGACAUCACAGUUUGUUUUUGCACACUAAGAUACAGAUCGAUUUUGCAUCCCUUCAAUUGAUCAACAGCAAGUGAAAAACUACAUUGUAAAAAUGACAUCAAAUAUGAAGAAAGAGAGAGAGCAAUGUGAAAUGAACAACAGAGACCGCAGCUUAGUGCAUCAGUCACCUUCAUCACCGUCGCCCUCCCCCCCACCGGCUUACGAGACUGUAUUAUCUGAGUCAGCAGAAAAUGAGAAUGAAAACCAGGAAGAAAACUUUGAGAAGAAGAUUGAGGUUGAGACUCCACAGCCGGUUCAGAUUUUGCACAAGUCUAGCAAAGAACUCUACAAAGCCGUCGCAGCCCAAUGGGGCAUCACUUGUAAAAUGAGUGAUCAUUGCCGCUGCAUGGACUGUCAGAGUCAUUAUUUGGACUGCGAGUAUGAUCGAGACAAUGAACAGGAGAAGACUGAUGGAGGAUUGGCCGCAGGGACACCCAUGUACUUAUCAGAGGUCAUGCAAGGAAGUGCUUGUGCCAUACUUUAAGCAAACAAAGGCUACCAUCAGUGAAGCUACCAUCAGUGAAACACCUAUUUCCAAUCAUCUUAUACGGAUGAAUAGAAAUAUUGAAUGAAAACAUCAAUUCCUAGAUUGAAUGGAGAGCCAUCGCAGUAUUACAUAUAGUUAAUACAUCUUCUUAUCUCUACUAAUCCAUUCCCAACAAGGAGACUUAUUUAUGUUAACGGUAUAUUACUAUAGGCUAUAUAUAUAUAUAUAUAUAU